AUGUACGUGGGCUAUGUGCUGGACAAGGAUUCCCCCACGUACCCCGGCCCCGCCAGGCCCGCCAGUCUCGGCCUGGGCCCGCAAGCCUACGGCCCCCCGGCCCCGGCCCCUGCGCCCCCACAGUACCCCGACUUCACCAGCUACUCUCACGUGGAGCCGGCCCCCGCGCCCCCUGCGGCCUGGGGCGCGCCCUUCCCGGAGCACAAGGACGACUGGGCCGCCGCCUAUGGCCCGGGCCCCGCGGCCCCCGCCGCCAGCCCAGCCCCGCUGGCGUUCGGGCCCCCUCCGGACUUUAGCCCGGUGCCCGCGCCCCCUGGGCCCGGCCCGGGCCUACUGGCUCAGCCCCUCGUUGGCCUGGGCGCACCGUCCUCGCCCGGAGCGCAGAGGCGGACGCCCUACGAGUGGAUGCGGCGCAGCGUGGCGGCCGGAGGCGGCGGUGGCAGCGGUAAGACCCGGACCAAGGACAAGUACCGUGUGGUAUACACUGACCACCAGCGCCUGGAGCUAGAGAAGGAGUUCCAUUACAGCCGUUAUAUCACCAUCCGGCGGAAAUCAGAGCUGGCCGCCAAUCUGGGGCUCACUGAACGGCAGGUGAAGAUCUGGUUCCAAAACCGGCGGGCAAAGGAGCGCAAAGUGAACAAGAAGAAGCAGCAGCAGCAGCCCCCACAGCCACCGCCGCCAGCCCACGAUGUCACCCCCACCCCAGCCGGACCACCCCUGGGGAGCCUGUGCCCCAGCAACGCCAGCCUGCUGGGUGCCUCCUCCCCCAUGCCUGUCAAGGAAGAGUUUAUGCCAUAG